GCCCGUUAGUGGAGUCAGGUGCUUGUGUUUAGAGACUGAGGAAACUUUUUUUUCUCUCUCUGCAGACCCGGUUCCUGCAGACAUGACCUCCAAUUCCAAUUUAUCCAACAUGCGACGGUUAGUAGAACAGCUGAAACUUGAAGCCAGCGUGGAAAGAAUCAAGGUGUCCCAGGCAGCAGCAGAACUGCAGCAGUACUGUCUGCAGAACGCCAGCAAAGAUGCGCUGCUGGUGGGAGUCCCCACAGGCAGCAACCCAUUCAGGGAGCCACGCUCCUGUGCCGUGGUGUGAAAGAGCCUGAAGUCACGAAUACAACCAUGACGUCUCACUCAAAAGAAAACAUUCUUCUUUUUUAUUUUUGUGUUUUUUCUGAAAAAAAUGAACUUUUUUAAUAGUUUUUGAUACUUUUAGAGUUGUUCUAUUUUUAUUGUGUGAUUUCUGGGAAGGAAUGUGUCUGACAGAUACUGCCAUUAUCUGCAAUUUGUCCUGAGCGGAUGUUUUAGCGUGCUCUCCAAAGGACACUUUGGAAUCUCAUGGCGCUGGAACUUCCUGAAUUUGAGUCUAAGUUAGGAACCCAGCCAGAGAGAGGAAACUGAAUCUUCCUGUCUGCACUGAAAAGAUCAAAUGCAAGAUCUCUCCUCUUUUAAUUUGGACAUGAGCUAAAGUAAUGCUAAAUUAUAAAUAUGAUGGGUUUUAAUACUUUUUAAAUUAGAGCAUUACUGAAUCUUUAUGGUGUAGAAAGUAAAUUGUAUAAAUGAUAAUGUUUUUUUUUCAAAUGUUUAGUCACAUACAAUAUUAGCAUUUUUCUAGAUUUGUUGUAAAAAAUUUAAUAAAAUUGACUCUUCACCUUAGAUUUGAAACAAUUAGCACAUAAACAGAGCUGUUGCGGUCUAAAUAUUAUCCGUCAUGAGACAGCCCUCCUAGCUUUCUUUUUUGUCACUUCCUUUUCCUCUUGGUGCACUUUUAGGGCUGAGUCUCAGUAAAUUUCUUACUUUGUUUCCUUUUUUCUGCUGAAAAACUUUGCUGAAAUAUUCUUAGCACUUAAAGGAUAAAGUUUAACUUUUUAAAGACAUUUCUUGCAUUAAAUAAAAAAAAAACAUUUAAGUGCAUUUAAGCUAAAAGUCAAAAGGUAACAUAAAAUUGUAACAAUCAAAGAAAUAAAAUCUAUGAACUUUAUUCUGCUCAUCUUUAUGUCAGUUUGUGCCAAAAUGUAAUGAAAGUUUUGAUGUAAAGAUUAUGAAGAAUAUAAGAAUGUAUACAAUUCAAAUCGAUGUAGGCUGUAAAGAAAAUGAGAAAUGUUUUUUUUAUUUCUAAGUUUACUUUUAAAAAAAACUGCAAAGAGUGAGAUCCACAUCUGUGUGGAGCUACAAGUCAAAUAAACAUGUACUUUUACGCCUUG